CCGCGGCGGGGGUUGGGGGCACCGAACGCUGUGUGCGGCGGGAGCUGCGCGGGCCGAUGACGUACGCGCCCUGAUCUUGACGGCGCACCCUGAUGACGAAGCGAUGUUCUUUGCUCCCACAAUCCUCAGCCUGGGCAGGUUUCGGGCCGAGCUGUGGCUGCUGUGCGGCUCUACAGGAAAUUACUACAAUCAAGGUGAGAUUCGUAAGAAAGAACUUGUACAGAGUUGUGCUAUUUUGGGGAUCCCUCCUUCCAAUGUAACAGUUAUUGACCACAGGGACCUUCCUGACGAUCCAGCUGUUGAAUGGGACACACAGCUCCUCUCUGCCUUUGUGCUAAAGCACGUAGAAACCAACAACAUCAAUCUGGUGGUGACCUUUGAUGCGGGAGGAGUGAGCGGCCACGCUAACCACAUCGCCCUGUUUGCUGCUCUAAGGCACCUGCGCUCAGCAGAGAAGUUACCGGAAGGGUGCCGGGUCCUUGCGCUCAAGUCAGUAAACCUCCUCCGGAAGUACAUCUCCGUCCUGGACGUGCCCAUUAGCUGCCUCCAAUCCCGGGAUGUUCUCUUCAUACUAACAAAGGAGGAGUCUGAACGAGCCAUGCGAGCCAUGAGGUGCCAUCACAGCCAGCUGCUCUGGUUCCGCUACGUCUACCUGCUGUUCUCACGCUUUAUGGUGAUCAAUUCACUUGCCCUUCUGUGAGGGGAAAGGAGAAUCAGACGCAUUUCCAGGGGUACUGAGAGACCGAGACGGGAGCCAAAGGACAGGGUGGCUCUGCCCAACCAAGCACUACGGAAAGCUCUUCCUCGCUGUCUCAAGGAGACGACCAAACUCCACCUCCUGUGUGCCCUGCAGCUUUCGGACUGCAGAACCAGACAGUAUUUACCUCCCUCUGGACUCCCUUUGCCUGGGAGAUGCCUGGCUCCACCACUUACUGAACUGUCCCCUUGUAAUAGCGUCAGUGGUCUUAGACCACCAGCAAAUCCGACUGCUCUGAGUCUGAUUAGUGGGGAAAUAGAGUCGUGGAGAUAUUUACGAUACAUCAUGUACUGUAUAGGCUUUACCAACAGGUCUCCCUAAGGAGACCAAGCCCCGAUCACCACCUCGUGAUUCUGACUUUUACCCUUUUUCCUUUGCUGCGAAGGUCAAGCACUAACAGUGAUUUGUCCAAAGAUACUGUCCCUUGGGUUUGAACCAGAAUCCUCACAGCCCUCUGGCUGUAACGCCAAACCGCUCCGGACCUCCUGCUGCUGAGGGAGGGCUGGCUUCCUGACUCUGAAAUGCCAAAACUUUAGGAAUAAAAUAUUUAAAAUGACACAGUA